CAGUUUAGCAGUUAGCGCUCAUGCUAACUGUAGCUGCUUGGUUCCAUGGUCGCAGAUAGAGAUCUGCUGAAGGCGCGCUGCUGUACGCUAACGGCUGUCUCUUAGCUUUCCUGCCAAAGUCACCGCGAAAGGUCCCGUUUAUUAUGGCGUUUUCUAAAACAUGGAAGCAGUGUUGAGCCUCGUGUCGUUAACUGUCACGAAGGUUUUACAGUUCUCCGGACUGACGGACAACUGGAAUGCCCCGAGGGCCAAAAAGAUGGAGGAGAAAGCGUUAGAAGUGUACGAUGUGAUCAAAUCGAUCCGUGACCCAGAGAAGCCCAACACCCUGGAGGAGCUGGAGGUGGUGACGGAGAAGUGCGUGGAGGUGCAGGAGCUCGGAGAAGACGAGUACCUCAUCAUCAUCAGGUUCUCCCCCACCGUCCCCCACUGCUCCCUGGCUACGCUGAUCGGCCUGUGCUUACAAGUCAAGCUCCAGCGAUGUUUGCCGUUUAAACACAAGUUGGAAAUUUACAUUUCGGAAGGAACACACUCUACCGAAGAAGAUAUUAACAAACAGAUCAACGAUAAGGAGCGAGUGGCAGCCGCCAUGGAGAACCCCAACCUGAGAGAGAUCGUGGAGCAGUGUGUCACCGAGCCGGACGACUGACUGCUUGGACCGUGUGUGUGUGUGUGUGUGUGUGUGUGUGUGUUCACUUUCUCAUCAUUCCCUGCUGGAGGGACUCUCCCUGAGCGGCAGCGUUUCCUCGCUGUCCUCUGCUAAAGGCGACGCAAGAUGCUGCAGGCGGAAGUGGGUGGGGCAAACAGAGACUGUCCUACUUCCAUGUCAUCGUGCAGACUGGGUCGUUCUGUGGAGAAUCAGAAUCUGUGGCUUUACCUCCUUUUAUAUACAAGAAGAGAGACGCACAGAUGUUUCCAGCUUCUCUUGUAAUGGUUGUUUUUUGGCGCCUGUCCUUUUCUAAAUGCACUUAUCGAGAUUUAUCUGAGGGGGGCGUUAUUUUUAAUGAGGAAGGUGUAAAAAUCGAAUUUACUAAAUAACCAGGUAAUAAAAUGAGAUUAAAAGUGGA